UUAAGUGUUAACUGUUAAGACGUUUUCUUAUUCGCAAUUCUUAUUCGGGAAAUCGAUAUAAUUUUUAAAAUUCAAAUGGUUUUAUUGGUUUUUACGGAUUCAAAAGUAUCACGCAUCGGAUGUCGCGACGUUUUAAGUYGAUUGGCGAAUGCUGUGUUAGUCUUCAUCUAAAACAUUAUGUUCCGUUAAAGCUGAUCGCAAAUAUAUUGGUGAAAUCAACGUUAUGACUUUUCUGCAUGCAAUAAAUACCUCUUCACUGUUGUUAUUGAAUUAACAAUGAGUGGAGUACAGUUCAGGGAAAUCCACAAAAAUUCAUGGUUGAGAAAAUUACCGGAUGGCAUUGACAAGAAGUCUGCUCUGAAACUGACUGGUGGACAAAAACUAUGGACUGUGUUUUGUAUACACGACGACACAGAACCAGUGUUGGAAUUUUAUGUAGACCAAAAAAAAGCUGCUGCACAUCGUCCAGACAAUACCAUACCACUAACGGAUACCGUCCAUGUUUCUGCUACUAUAUGUCCAUUACCAGUGAUGGCAGGUGAUCAUCAGCAACAGUACCAGUAUGAAUUUGUGAUAACCCUCACCUCAGAUGUAGUUCGUUUAGCUGCUCCUUCAUGGAAUCAGAUGAUGGAUUGGGUACAAGGCUUGGACGUGAAAUUGCGUGAAAUGCAUAUAUUGUCACCAAAAGAAAAUGUCUAUACCAAACCACCAGAGUCAAGACCCCCUCUAUUACCAACUAGAGAUCCUAACUCUCCAUUGCCUCCUCCACCAUUACGAGACUUGUCAACCAAUGUUUUACCAGGUGUUGAACCUGUCGUCUCAGUAGUUCAAUCAAUAGGUGGUACAGAUGAUGGCCUUUCUUCAGAAAUUGAACAAACUUUCUUAACUCCGCCUAUUAGCCCUAAUCCAAUAAGUCCUAGUGAACCAGUUAAUAAUGUUACCAUUGUAGAAGUAAUAAAUCAUAAUCAAGUAUUCAAUUUUAAUCAAAUGGAACAAGUUCUAAACCAAACAAAUGAGCAACCAUCUCAAACRUCAUCUGAACCAUUAAUAAAUUCUCCUAGGCCUAGUAGGUCUUCAAGUUCUACAUCUGAAAAUGUUGCUGCUUCUCCAAGGCAGUCUACUAGACACCACCAAGUCCGGAACGUGUCAAAUUUAGAAGAAUCUGUUAGUGGUGCUAGGUCUAGUAGUCAUUCAGAAUUAAGUGAUAGAACAACAUAUGUUAAUGAUAUGCCACAUAGAUCUAGCAGUGAAGUCCCAAAUGAAAUUCAACGAAUUAAAGUCCGAAUUGCUGAACCAGAAGAUGGUCGGCAUAGAAGAAGACCUAAGAGACAAGAUGUUAUACCUCCUAUUACUGAUCAAGAAGUAACUAGUAAUUAUGAGCAUUUAGUAUUACCUACUGCUAUGCAGUCUAGACCACCACCAGCUUUGUCCAAUCCAGUACCUGCAGAUAUUGCAAUAUUACCCACAAGAUCUCAACUUCCUAUUGGCCGAGGCCGUGGUGCUCGACGAAAAAUGAAUGGUGAUAGUUCACAUCCUGCAUUAGGAGCUGAUAGAAUCCGCGUAGCAGUAAAUAGUAAUACACACAAUAUGUUACAGCCAGUUCCAACACCAUUUACUCCUACUGAAAACAGAGAUUUAUUCAGUCCUAGUCGGUUAACUGUUCGUGAAAAGCAAGUCCUACAAUUACGAAAAGAAAUGUCUCAUCUUGCUGGUGUCCGAUUACAAUUGAGACGUAAAGAUUGUAUUAAUACUAUUGCUUUGGUUGAUGUCUUUCAAACUGUUUGGAUUGCUGGAUGGAAACAGAAAGAACAUCCAAUGUUGCACAAUGCAUUACAUUUAGGCGAUCAAUUGUUGAGUGUCGCUGGAAAACCUGUAUCAUGUUCAUCAGAUGCCCAUAAAUUAAUACGAGCAUGGCCAAGUCUUUAUGUUGAAUUAAUUAUUAGACGAGUUCCUUGUGGACGAGUAUUUGUAGUACGUCGACAAGAGCAAGGCCAAGACCUUGGAAUCAUCCAAGAAGGGGGUACAGCUGAAAUUAAAGAUAUACUGCCAAAUAGUUUAGCUGCUGCUCAUGGUUUAUCGUCUCGCACUCCUACUUUAGAUGGAUUGUCAUUUACUUCUUGGACAUUAACAGAGAUCAAUUCUCSCCCAUUAAACUUAUUGUUUAAAGAAAAUGAAGUUAGAGAUCGUCUAAAUGCAGUCGGAUUAGAUAUAUCAUUAUUAGUGCAACCAACUGAUCUUAUAUCAGCGCUACGCAAACAGCUGAAGUCCUUAAAAUCAUUCAAAGACUUCUUAUUGAUAUAAAGUUCACUACAAUUACUGGUAAUAUAAAUCAUGUUUAAAGAAAUACCUACACUUUAUAGCUAGGGUGGCCACAUAUAAAAUAUAGAACUAAAUCUUUUUAAAUGAAUCAUAUUUUUAUAUUGGUUUAUAUCGUUGUAAUGGCAUUCAUGUUGUUUUGACAGUCAAUUAUUUUUAUCAAUCAAUAUUUUAAUUGCCAGCAUUUUAAUCUGUCAACCUUUCAUACCUCACUCGUAUGAUAUAUUUUUUUUCUGUAUUAGUUCAUUAAGGGCAUGUUUUACAAUAGUAAAAUUAAAGUUAAACUACAGAAUUCUGCCAGUAAAAUCAGUGGGUUAAGGGUUACCAAAGUUUAAACUAUAAUUGUAAACGAACUCUCUAAUACGCCCUUAAGGUCUUUGUCAAUGUAUAUCAGAAGUGUUUAAUAGAGAGAUCAUGUGAUCCAUUUAUCUAUGUAUACAUCAUUAUAUACAUGAUACUACCCCUAUAUGUGCGGUAUUCACUCCCAGUGGAGUGAGACCUUGUUGAAAACUAUAUAACACAAUUAUGCAAUUUUUGUCCACUUUGCUAUGAAUCCAACCAAUGAUUGUUUGAGUUACAAUCAUCUGCGUGACCAUUGCACCACCCAUAUUAUAUUCACUCGUAUGUAUUUAUUAAGAGGAUGCCACUCUAGUGUGUGUUGUUUUCAUCUUUYAAGUGAGUAACAUAACAAAUUUUAYGCUCAGCAGUUCCAUUUUCGCUUCAUUAGCUUAAAAUUUAGAGUAAAUUKACCUCUUAUAAAAAUUAA